AUGGGAAGGAAUUGGCCAGGCCGGGCCCUCUGUCAGUGGCCGCUGCUGUCUGCUUCUGAGGUGAAGCGAGCUGUGCGGCCUGCCGCCGAGGCCGGCAGGGGUUGACGACGCGGCCGGGCAGUGCCCGCUUCUCGCAGCUGUGACUUUCUUUGAACAACUGAUGAUUUAUAUCCUUGUGCCAAGUUUCUACAAAUAAAAGAUGGGAGGAUUAUUUUCUCGAUGGAGGGGAGAGCAAAACCUUCAACUGUAGAAGUUCUAGAAAGUAUAGAUAAGGAAAUUCAAGCAUUGGAAGAAUUUAGGGAAAAAAAUCAGAGAUUACAAAAAUUAUGGGUUGGAAGAUUAAUUCUCUACUCUUCAGUUCUAUAUCUGUUUACAUGCUUAAUUGUGUACUUGUGGUAUCUACCUGAUGAAUUUACAGCAAGACUUGCCAUGACACUUCCAUUUUUUGCUUUUCCAUUGAUCAUCUGGAGCAUAAGAACAGUGCUUAUUUUCUUCUUUUCCAAGAGAACAGAAAGAAAUAGACUUCUUGAAGAAGUCAUGGAAAAGGAAACUUAUAAAACAGCUAAAUUAAUUCUUGAAAGGUUUGAUCCAGACUCCAAGAAAGCAAAGGAUUUUGAGCCACCAUCUGCUGGAGCAGCUGUAACUGCAAGACCUGGACAAGAGAUUCGUCAGCGAACUGCAGCUCAAAGAAACCUUUCUCCAACACCUGCAACUCCUAAUCAGGGACCUCCUCCUCCACAAGUUCCAGUGUCUCCUGGACCACCAAAGGAUGCCUCAGCUCCUGGUGGACCACCGGAAAGAACUGUUACUUCCUCCCUACCAUCAAAUGCUUUAUCAAGACGUCUUGGAUCCCCUGCUACUUCAGUGCCUGGAAUGGGUCUUCAUCCUCCAGGUCCACCCUUAGCAAGACCCAUUCUUCCCCGAGAACGAGGUGCUCUGGACAGAAUUGUUGAAUAUCUAGUUGGUGAUGGUCCACAGAACAGGUAUGCCCUUAUUUGUCAGCAGUGCUUUUCUCAUAAUGGUAUGGCUUUGAAGGAAGAAUUUGAAUACAUUGCCUUUCGAUGUGCCUACUGUUUUUUCUUGAAUCCUGCAAGAAAAACUAGACCCCAGGCUCCAAGACUUCCAGAGUUUAAUUUUGAGAAGAGGCAGGUAGUUGAAGGAUCAAGUUUAGUUGAUGACUUGACGUCAGAAAGUAUGCUUUCAUCAGAGAAUCGAUUUAGUGAAGAAUCUUUAGAAGAACAAGAUGUCCUUGAUAACAGCACAGAACAGACAGAUGACAAAAUACCAGCUACAGAGCCGACAAACCAAAUGACAGAAAAGGCAUCUGGCUCAGAGGAACAAGAGGAGAAAGUAGAAGAAACAGAGAAUGAGGAAAACUCAACAAAUGAAGCCAAAUCAACCAUUUUCAGAGCUGAUUCUAUUACUAAUCUUGAACUAAGUGGAGAAUCUUUGAUGACAAAGUAGUAAAUGUUUCCAUGUGCCUUCAACUGGAUAUUAGUAGCCUUGUUGAUGUCAGUUAUUGCUUUUUUUGAUGGUACUUAAAAAUAUUUUUUGCCCCUACAUGUAUAUUCUUGAUAACCAUUUAAAUUCAGAUUGCCUAGAAAUUUCAGUAUAUCACUAAACUAGAGGAUAUUGAAGUUAAAAGCAAGCAAUACCAGUGAAAUGAGAUACUUUUGAAUGUACAAUGAUUCACAGAUUUAGAUAGCUUUUAGAUAUUUUGUCUAUCCUAACAAAAAUGGAUAGCACUUUUGUUUUCUAUAUGUAUCACUUGUAAAUAAUCCUUAUUUUGACAUAGGAAUACUUUUGGUUAGGAAUAAUUCUCUAGUUGUGUUUGUUUUAAGGAAAUGAAACACAAUUAAGAUUUUUGAAUAUUUCAUCAUUAUAACCUAGUAGAAUUUUAACUCGAGAUAUUUGCCAGUGUGGUGGAAAUAUCUGUUUAGGUGUUUACAUUGAUAUUAAAGUUAUAAUUGUAACUAUAUAGGCAUUGGUACGAAUUCUCAGUAAGAAUGUAAUUGAAUAGUCAAGUGCAGUGUUUCUAUUGAUGUCUUUUAUUUUGCAGCUGGGCCAAAGGCAUAUGUUGUAUAUAAUUAGUUUAUGUUUACAUAUUAACAUAUAGGAAAUAUACCUGCACUUGACUGUACUUGAAUUCUUAGUAUUAUUUAUACUUGUAAAAUAAUGAUGAUGACAUAUAAGUGAAUUUUGUGCUCUUGUGUGUGUUUUGUUAAGGAAAAUAAAUAUGACCUGGCAGCAAUUCCUUUCUGUUAAA